UCUCUCUCCAUUCCCCCGAGUUUCCUUCUGCCUUCCUCAGUUGCUUUCUCUCUCUACCGGUCUACUACCUCCUAAGCCAAAACUUCACUAUACAAUAACAAAAUCCCAGGGCCUUUUAAAGGAGGAAGCAAAGACAUUAGAAGUGGAGGGAGAGAGGGAGCACGAGCAUAGUAAUAGCAAGCGAAGAGCGGCGAGAUGGAGGUGGUGGUGCCUGUCAUGGCGCCAAGCGCACCGUGCAGCCCAAGAACCGCGGCCAUCGCCGGCGGCGACCACCUCCCGGGCUACUGCUAUUUCUUCUCCAGCGCCCCGACGAGCCCGUCCAGGGCCAGCUACGCCGGGGACGCCUCGCCGGGCGGCGCCGACGAGGCCACGUUUGACUUCACGCUCGGCUUCAGUGGCCAGCUGCAGGAGGCCACGCCCAUCCUCGCCGCCGCCGACGAGCUCUUCGAGGGCGGCAGGAUCCGGCCGCUGAACACGCCGCACCCGAGCAUUCUCCUGGUCGACGACACCUCCUCUUCCUACUCCUCGUCCUCCUCCACGCGCCCUCGGUCCCUAAGGAGAGCCCAACCGGAGGCGUUGGAGAGGGGCAGGUCGGGCAGGCCCGCCGCCCCAGCCUCCGCCGCUUCGUCGCGGAGCAGGAGAGCCACGCGGUCUCUCUCCCCGUUCAGGGUCGGCGGCGCCGGCAUCGAGGACGACGAGUUCCCUUCCUCCCCGCCGUCUCCCCGGACCUCCAUGAUGCGGGGCUGCGGCAGCGGGAGCAAGAAGUGGAGGCUCAAGGACCUCUUCCUCUUCCGGAGCGCGUCGGAGGGCCGCGCCACCGGCGGCGGGAGCAAGGACCCGCUCUUCAAGUACACCAUGCUCUCGUCCUCCACGUCGUUCUCGCAGAAGCUCAAGAGCGGCGGUGGCGACGGCAGCGCGUCCAUGCGUAAGGGGAGAGGGUCGACGGCGUCGGCGAGUGACAUGCCGUACGCCAUGAACAGGGCCGCCGCCGAGGACAUGCGGCGGCGGACGACGACGACGCCGCUGCCGUUCCACCGGAACAGCCUCUUCGGCUACCUCCGCUCCAACCCGGCGAUCCACAGCAUCAGCAGGAAGCUGGGCAGCCACUCCUCCAAUCGCGGCAAGCCGGCAUGAUCCACACCAUGCAUGCACUCCAUGGCGCCGUCCUGAAACCUUGACGACGAUGCAGAACUGAAAUGGCCAGGCCGCCGGAGAAGCGUCGCCGUUUUACUUGUCCAUUUUUUUUCUUUUUUCUUUUGCUUAUUUUUGCUGCGUAUUCUUUCGUUUCAUGUGAACCACAAGGUUUCCAUACUAGUCUAGAUAUGUACGUACACGGUAUUCUCAAUGAUUUUUGGACAAAAAAAAUAUCAGUACAUUUUCCUCUGAUCCA